CUUCAAUUAUUCCCUUUAGUUAUGAAAGUAAUUAACAUCUAUUAAUAAAUUGUACGAUAAAAUAAAUUAAUAAUUUUGAACACCUUAUCUAACUAAUUAUUUUGCUGUGCAUUGGUUAUAAAUGUAAAAACUUAGUAAAUAUAUUUCAAACGUUCGACAUGGCUGGCCUACAAUUGUUCUUAGUUUUCUUUUUUAUUGUAUCAUUUCCACGAGGUUAUGCUAGCACCAGUGAUAACUUAGGAAUCUACGGAGGAAAAAAGAUCUCGAUUAAAGAAGUGCCCUUCAUGGCUGCUUUAUACAUACCCAAAAAUAAUAAUAGAACAUAUUUUUGCGGAGGCACUAUCAUCAGCGAUAGGUUCAUCCUGACUGCGGCACAUUGCUUGCGAAAUAGUGUUAUCCCCUUAUCUGGGUGGGUAUAUGUCGGCACCGACAGUUUAAAGAAUGCAAACAGAGUAGUCAUCAAACCAGAAAAGAAAUUUUGCCAUGAGGAAUACGACCCUAUUGAUGAUAUUAAUGACAUAUGUUUGUUGAAACUGAAAGAUCCUUUACACUUUGGAAGCAAUGUAAAUAGAGCCACGUUGCCUUAUGAACGUUAUGAAUUAGAAGAAGGUACUCUGGUCAACUUAACUGGAUGGGGGUAUACCGAACACAGUCACGAACUUCAAGAUGCCUUGCGACUGGUAACAGUCCCGAUAUCUACGGAAGAAUGUCGUGGACAACGUAAGACUAUCAUUUGCACCGGGUUUCAAGGCCAUACAUCUUGCCAUGGUGAUAGCGGAGGACCACUAACCUACGGCCGUGUCCUUAUCGGGGUGGUAUCUGGAGGCAUAAAACGUAACACCCCGUGCGGCUUCAUCGGGACGAGACACACCAGGGUGAACAAGUACUUGAAGUGGAUUAAAACUACCAUCUUAAAGAAUCUUCAUUAGUAUGAAUGAGAAAGAAGAAGAUAUAUAUAAAAAUAUAUAUUAUAAGUUUCUUGCAAAAAAAAAAAAUUGCUACAAGCUUUUAUCGCUAUAUGUAUUUUUCUUUCCACAGGCAACUAAUAACUCAUCGAGACAAUUCUAACAACCCUAAACACAAUACGUUUGCGUUGUUUUGUCACAGAGUUCCCAUUGUCAACUCUUGUCUCCAUCAUUAGAUCAGCUUCAUGUCUCAUAAUUUUGCAUUGUCAUCCGAUUAACAUUGUAUCCAAGAUUUGACCCACACUUUAGUGUUUACACCCCACAGUUUACAUCAUAAAUAAAAUACUAAUAGAGCAAGUUAAAUAAAAGCUUGUAAAAAGUAUAUACAUAUAUACUUACCUGAC